UCGACGAGAGAGGACGUCUCGGUUACAGCGCGAUCACCUUACGUACCGACGAAGUUUAGUUGCCAUUAUGUUUUCGAAAUAGUUAUAUGGUGUUAGUAUUUCGUUUGUGUAAUGUGAUUUAUUUUUGGAUUUUAUACAGUGCAAUCAAUGCCGGUGCUCCACGCAAAAGCGGCUAUGUGGUCGCGAAAGCAGUCAGUUUGCAGUGCAGUGAGUGGUGUGUCGAGAGGAGAUGAAGUGGACUUGCCCGGGAAUGGAGUGCAACUCUACCCAUUUGCUAUAGCUCUGCGAGUCAGAGUGCUACAGAUUGUGUGCGGUAUCGGCGGCUUAGUUCUGGGAGCCGUUGGAUGGUUGGAGGAGAGGCAGAAACCAGCUCUGGGUCUCGGAGUCCCUGCUGGGGCGAUCACAGUGCUGGCUGCAGCGACCUCAAUAUACUACAGUCGAGGGUUCGGUGGAUGGGUGUCAGCCAGGUCCAGAUCGACCAGGAACUGGGGAGCUCCGUGGAGAGCGCUUGGACCUUCGCCGUGUGCUGCAGUUCCACUCACAAUGCUCUGGACAGCUGCCAUAGGAGCCCAUAUAGCUAUGCUGGCUUUCUGUAUCAGAUCACUGAUGAAUAUUGGAUGCGGAAGCACAACAUGUAUUGGCGUGGCCAGUGCUCAGCUCACACUCUCCAUCACAACCCUCGGUGCUGCAGUCUUUAUGCUGCAACUGGAUCUACGAUUCGACGCCUCCUUGUCACCUCCACCGCGGCAGUCUGAUACACAUAUAUGUACUGCUGUUUCUAUGGUACCCCUGACGUCAGUGGCAAUUAAUAGCGGGAACAGUGAUGCGGCGGACUCAGGUGGAAGUCCUCUGGGCAAGGAGAAGGAGCCCCCACCUCUUGACCCUCCCACCUGAUGCAGUGAGGCCGCGUGAAUGAGUGGACUAAUGUUCUAAGUGACACUUUAUAAGACUUUCCUUUCAUAGGUGUAUAAUAAU